ACGGCGCCGACUGUUGGUGUCGCGGCGGUUGCCAGUGGACUUAACACCGGCCUGUCGGCUGUUCGAGAGCCGCGGUUCCGGCUGCGUGAGGUAAGGGGCAGCGUGGCCGAGGUGAGGGUGCUCCGACCUGGGGCCUUUCCUCCUGCAGACCAUGGGCGCCCAGCUUAGCGGCUGCCAGAACACCCCAGAACCGGCUCAGCCCCAGCCGGCGCAGCCCCAGCCGGCGCAGCCCCAGCCCGCGGUCCCAGAGGACCCUGAGCAUCCCCGGCCCGAGCCCGGCGCAUGGGGGCCGCUGGACGACGUGCGCUUCCUCAUCGCCUGCACCACCUGGUACUGAGUCGGUCGUCCGCCGGAGUAACCGGCCACCAAGUCGCCGCCGCCAGUCGUUCUUGUCCGCCUCGGCCUGGUCCUUGUCUUCUCUCCUCACGUCCCUGUGUCUCUCUUAGCCCAACCCACCUCUCGUCUCCCUUGGCGUCUUUAAGAGAUGGGCCGAGAAUUCGAAUAGGUCGCGAGGACUGGAAGGAAGUCCCGGCACGGCCGCCUCCCCAGCUCACGUGGGACGUUGCCUCGCCUCUGACCACCUCCACCUCCACCCCCACCUCCACAUUCUGGGUCCUGGGGCUGUCUAGUUUUAAGGUCAUGGUCCCUCUUCGCCAUGACUGAGGACAGACUUCCCGACUUCCUGCCACUGGCUUCCAGAACCACCAGGGCUCAUGGUAAGAUCUCAAGGCUGCAGACUUGCUGACCUCAUCCAUCUGUUUGCUUAGAACUGGGUUGUUGUCUGUCUCAGGUGAUGGCACCGUGUGCUUUGACCUCAGGGAAGUCGUUGCCACAUCUCACACUCCUGCUAAGUAGUGUUGCUGCAUUCCAUCCUGGAUCUUCAUGAAGCUGUAUUCCUGGGACCGCAGUAACGUUGGACCUCUAGGGAAAGACGUCUCUGAUCGCUGGUCUGACAGAUGAGAUGUGCGGGGCAGCUCCCUGACACCUGAAGCACCCUGUUCCCCACUGCUCCCAGGAACUUGUCACAGCCACCCUCAGAACUGGAUCCUUGUCCCCGCGCCCCAGGGAAAUGACACACUCUGUAUUUUCGUUUUAUUUAGAAAUGAUUUAAAAAACAUUAUACAAAGGCUGAUCAGUUUAAAAUGUGACUGACACUGAAAUGCUGUGAUGUCUCCCAGGCUGAGGGAAAGCUGGGCUCUGGGGCCCCCAGUGCUUUGCUCCUGUCUGUUUGCCCUGUGCUGGGAUGAUUGACAAACAGAUGUUCACAAAGCAGGAGCGCCAGAGAUUGGAAGCCAGCCCUCUCUUGGCCUGGCCCCACAUCCCUCACAUCCGUAGGCUGGGCUGCCUGCCUCUGUCUCCUGCUGUUUAUCAGCUGGCCUAGGUAGUUCCAGGAGCCAGCAGGGAGCCUGAGGGGCCUAGAGCUAUCAAGAAGUGAGAGCACCAACCUGAGGGGUAGAGAGGGACCAGUGGGGAGAGAAGGGAGACCAGGAGAUGGAUAGAGGAGAUACUUCUGAUCUCAUCUUGGACCCUAGAGGAGUCCAUAGGUGGGACACAGGCCCAGGCAGCCCACUGGAUGGCCCAGGCAAGGAACAGAACCUCUCUGUGCUUCAUCUAAGGGAAGGGCAUGGUGAGGGUCACCCUUAGCUUCGCAGGGCCUAUGUGUGUUUCAUGUGAAUGGACAGAUGUAAGCUAAUAAAGUGCUUUGCAAAGUA